AUGUCCAUGGCUCGGCCAAGCAGCCGGAUGGGCUACGAGGGCGGCGUUUUGCUGACUCACAUGUCCCAGAACAAGCAAGCACCGAAGUGGAGCUUUGCUGGAAAAAGUCCUGGCAGUGGCACUAGACCAAAGACGCCUGGGCCUGGCACUUAUGGCCAUCAGACGUCUCAGUCCUGCAGGAUCAGGCAGCCUUGCUACGUUUUCGGCUCCUCGGCUCGCGACAAGGCUGGCAUGGCUUUGGCCUCUCCCGGACCUGGUGCCUAUGGGGCCAGCGAAUCCUACGGCUCAAAGCGCCCCCGUUCUGCUGGCCCUGUGUUCGGCAGAGCUGCACGUGGGCUCGGGUCUGGACGGGACACGCCAGGCCCCGGGGCCUAUGUGCCAAACGUCAACUCGACAAGGCCGCAGUUCCCGCGACACACUUGCACGCCCCGAAGAGACGGGGCCGACUGGGGACGCCGAAAGUGCUCCACCACCCCUGGCCCGGGCACCUAUGGCCAUGGCGCUGCGGCUGGCGCGGGCUCGGAGAGUCCCGUGUCAAAAUCCGCCCCGAGAUGGGCGUUUGGCACUGCCGACCGAGGCGUUCGAGGAAACGGCGAGAAUCCGGGACCUGGCCAAUACGACCUCCGCUCCCGAGUUGCCGGACCGAAGUUUUCGAUUCGAUGCCGCAACGAGUUGGACUCCUCCGGGCUCUGUCCUACGCCCGGUCCGGGCGCCUUUGGUGGGAUGUACACACAGUUCGGCUACUGA